AUGGAUCGUCUUCAGCAGCAACCGUCUGCCAAGGCACCCCUUCCACCCAGGCGCCAUGAUGGGUCGCUGGGGUAUCCGCUAUCAGGACCCUCUGGGGAAUCCAGGGGCUUCAUAAGGAGCUUGAAGGAACAGUGGCAGCUGCCCGGUGCCGCCGAGUUUUUCCGACGGGAAGCAUCGGCCUCCGCAGGUCUGCAGCAUCACGGCCAAACUCUGACAGGCCAAGAUUACGGCAAAUCUAACAUGGAUAGGCCCCAACCAGCAUCAUGGAGCCAGUCGCUGAAGUCAGCGUCCUAUGACUCAUCCCACAGAUUAUAUGCGGGGUCGUGUGCUUCCGGUUCCAGCUGGGGGUCCUCUUGUGGGAGCCUGGGCUCAUUGAGUUCAUCGGCCUCGCAGUUCAGUGCCUCUUCCCCUGCGAGAAGCGUAGAUGUUUUAUUCUGCCAACAAAGGAUACCGCUCCCUAGCUGGGCAUGCUGUGGAGGCCGUCGCGGGACUGCUGGUUCCUCUACAGCUUCAUUUUCCAGGGGUAGCGGCUCUUCCGUCCGCAGCCCUUCUGCUCUAAACCAUCUUUCUCACGACAGUGAUGUUGCCCCUGCAGGUGUUCUGUCAUACUGUGUCUCAGAGGAGGGGUUUCCCUCCUUGCGCGCAACGCUACGCGGGCGCUCCGCAGUGCCCUAUCGACAGACGCCGGUCGGUACGUUCCAGCGACGCGAGACCUCCCCUCCGAGCGCAGUUGUGCAGGCGCCCAUCAUCCAGCCCGUCGCUAGCGGUUCGUUUGGACCCAGGACAAGCACCGCUUCCACCGCGGCCCCCAUCGGCGUGCCAGUCACCCGGCAUUUCGACCCACUCCGUGCAUCUCCUUUUGAACUUUCCAAGUUUGACAGGCGCGAUCCAUACGUCCAUUUCUAUAUCCCCGUAGAUUGCCCGUUCGCUCGGCGUUGCUGCGAUGGCGUCUGCCCGUUGGCACACACAAAACUGGAAAAGAUUUUCCAUCCGAUCGUAUACAAGACACAAAAGUGCCAGAUGGCUCUCGCUGACACGGGCCGGUGUCCGUAUAUUAACAAGUGCGCGUUUUUCCACACCGAAGAAGACCGACAAGAGGCUGAGUUGCACUGGGAGGCUUGGGAGGCGGAGUGGGCUUCAUGGCGCCAGCAAAUAGACCAGUUGCUACUUAGGCAUCACAAGCUUGAGAAAGAAAUCCGACGGAAGGUUGAAGGAAUAAUCAAAAUUCGCAUGCCGCGGUCUUCAUCAAGCGACCUCUUGGGGAGGUGCCUAGCGAAUCUUGGCGUUUUAACCAGGUUCGGCGAGCAGAAGAAAGCUACCACCCAGCAGAGCUCGCAGGGAGUGGGGCCCGUAGAAUCAGGAGUGGGCUCGGUCUCGUUUUCCGCCCCGAGGGGGAGGAACUUUGCGGAAGGAGCAUUUGUCGGCGAAGGCAUGGCUGGCCUGGCCGACCCCGUUAGAACGCCAUCUGGUCCUCGUUUGGCGGAGUCUGUGGGUUUCUGUGCUCUGACAGAAGCACCUAUGUUUGGCCUUCCGGCAGCUUCAGCAGUCGUUGGGAAUGCUCGGCGUUUUGCGGAGCACUCUGAAGAUCAUGCAUUUCCUGCCGAAGGGGAAUGGUUAUAUAUAGCAAACUCUUGGAACAAAGAAGUAGCGCAGCAGUACAAAUCAGGCGGCGGGUUUCUAAGUCGGGUCGAGACGUCCAGUAUCAGUACCCGGUCUACACUUCAAGAGACCCUGGCACCUGUGGGCAAAGACAGCAAGGCUCCCCAUUCUUCCGGAACUCUUGUGCCGAUUCCGGAAGUUUGCUCCAAGCAUGACGAGAAAGCACCUUUGCCGUCAGAGCAUGGUCUCAGUCACGGUGUAUUUGGCCAGAGGGUUGCCGAUCCUGGUAGUCUACAUGGAUCUCCUUACAAACCUUACAGCUGCAGCACGCUGAGGUCUUCUUCAAAGGACCACGAAUAUUUGCCGUUGCGAACAGAAGAUUCUGCUGUUCGCGCCAUCACAACGGCAGAAGUGGAGACGGGGAACAGGGUUGUCACAGUAAUUACUUCGGAAACACAGCAUACUGUGGCAAUUUCUACACCUGUGGACACCACCGUGGCGUCGCGAAUGAGUGCACGUGAAUCCAUGAGCCAUGAAGAAACCAGUAACUACCCUCAGCCACUUAACGUUUUUGUUUGUAAGCCGCUGCACUUUGCUCGGUCGUCUCAGGCCAGAGCAGCCAGCGGCAAGCCGGCUACCGGUGGAGCCCUACCGCCAGUGCAACCAGCUGUAGACCGGGAAUGCGCUGAGACACUACAGACAACUGGUACUUGCCGAAUUCCAGUGAACCCCAGCAGUUUGGAUCUCCAGGCGCCUCCGUCCUGCAGUGAAACGACGGGGUGUGAGGACGAACGGGGAGGGCCUCUCACUAGCGGAGGCUCCUCCUGUCGUUCUAACACUGUGUGUUCCCCGCAAGGGAGCUACCAACAGCAGGCAAUGAACGAAGAGGGCUAUGGAGACCGCCAGAACACGGUAGGGACGAGGGGAGCACAGGAGGUGACUUCGAUUAAGAAGCGGGGACAAGUUGGAGAGUUUCAAGGCGACUCUGAGGGAGCUACACCCUCCCAUCAACAACCUUCUUGGGCAAAAAACAGGAAUGUUGUCCGUUUGCGAGGCGCACAGAUUGGGCCAGUGGUGGCUUCACGCAGUGGCCCCUUGGGAAGCAAGGAACCACUUCGAGCGGCAGAUGACGAUGCAUCUGUCCUAGAAGUUGCCGUUGCUCCACAGGCUAUUCCGUUUCAACGUAGCAUCUCUCCGCUAUGUGCUCCGCCAUUGGGUUUGCUGAAGAACGAUUGUGUACCUCAGGUGGAGCCGCUUAGUAGCGUUGCCUCACAGGGGUCUCCGAUAUCGGCGGUUAGUUGCGCUCCCUCUUUCCAGUCGUCCGCGUGCGGGGAGCGACCUGUUUUUGAUAGUACAGAUGGCUCUAAGGGCUCGGCCUUGCCAGCGGAAUUCGACGGGAGUCCGCGUGAGGAGAUGGGCAGGAAGUACAACAUGCCCAACCUCCUUCCUCUGCCAAACGAUAGCGUACCUAAUUCGGAAGGGAAAGCUGUGGAUAUACCACCGGAUCCUGCUGCCACCGGCACUGCACAGGAAACUCUGGAGGAGCGGACGUUCGGGCAAUUCUGGAACCCUGCAGCAUCAGCAGAGGAGGCAACCGUCGGCGCUCCACUACCGGAUGUUUCGGAGGGAGAGGCAUUUUCAGUGGCAAUCGACACAGUCAUGUGCAAAACAGAAAUCCCCUUUAGUGAGGGCUGUGUGACCGUUUCGAAGGAGGAGUUGAACUUGUUGGCGGGGAAGUUAAAUCAUUUACUCCGUACUGCAGCUGAGGAAAUUAGGCGCCUAGAUGCUGGAGCUGGCGACGAUUUGGCCAGUACCGAAGGACAUCGGCAAAACAGAAACCGGAUGGCAGCUGAAGGGACAACUACAACCUCUGGGCGCAUGGAAGAAUCUGACGUCUCCGGAUCGCAUAACAAUCAAGAGGCGGAGGUAUUGACUAUUUGCAACGUUUCUUCGGCGGGAGCAGAGAGGGAAGGAGGUGAUGCUACGGUUGUAAAGAGCAAUCCACGUCAUCACGCUCCGGAUUAA